AUGGCUCAGGACAUACUACAAGAAUGGCAGGUCCUGGGGUGGAGGGGGGUUUUCCCGGGCUGGCAGUGCACUGAUUCCUGCAGGGCUGCUGACUGGGCGCCACCUAGACACAAAUGGCAGCGAGUGAAUGGACAAGGACACAGAGGAGGCAGGGAUAUUACAGACGGUGCACACAGAGAAAGAACUCAAGCAGCGCAAUGGGACAAAGUCCACAACAGCAAGCAGCUGGGGUGCAGCCGGAAAGGGGCAGGAAGAAAUACGAACCUCGCGACGUGUGGGCGAAGCCGAUCUGUGCUGUGGCGCGGGAAGGAGGGGGCCUCGGAAAGAAGAAGUGACUCCGGCUGCGCCCUGGAAGAGUACUUGGAACCUGCGGCCAACGCUGCCCCGGCACAGGUAUUUUUGUGCUCCGACGUGCCCUCGGUGGACACGGUUCCUGCUGCCAUCAGGAGCCAGCUCCGGAUCAAAUCUCUCCUUCAGCAGCUGCCUCCGCAGGACUGCGAUGACAGGUACUGCCCCACCCUUGGGGAGGAGGAGAGGAAACAACUGCAAGCGUUCAGUGCCCGUCGCAGGCAGGAGUCACUUGGGCAGGGUCUGGUGUACCUGGUGCCCUCCGCCCGCCUUUGUGAGAAGUGCGGCAAGAGGGUGAAUGCAGGGGAUCUGGGGGUUUUUGCAGCGAGGCUGGGGGAGCGAUCCUGCUGGCAUCCCUCUUGCUUUGUCUGCCAUGCCUGCCACCAGCCUCUGGUCGACCUGAUCUACUUCCACCAAGCAGGGAAGGUCUACUGUGGCCGGCACCACGCCGAGUUCUUCCGGCCACGCUGCGCCUCGUGCGAUCAGCUAAUCUUCACAGAUGAGUGCACGGAGGCAGAGGGCAGGCGGUGGCACACGGAGCACUUCUGCUGCCUGGAGUGCGACCUGCCCCUUGGGGGGCAGCGGUACGUCAUGAAAGGCAGCAGGCCCUGCUGCUGCAGCUGCUUCGAGAGCCUGUACGCGGAGCUGUGCCAGGCCUGCGGCGAGCUCAUCGGUGUCGACUGCGAGCAGGCCACUCACCAAGGCCGGCACUGGCACGCCCGGGCCUCUUGCUUCUGCUGCAGCCUCUGCCGGAUGCCGCUGCUAGGACAGCAGGUCAUGUCCUACCACAGCCUCCUCUACUGCUCCGAGGCCUGCCGUUUGGAGAAAGCGGCAGCGGCCUCCACAGCCUCCGACUCCUCCGACUCCGCCUUUGUGUCUGCUCCGUCGCCCGACUCCACACCCGUCUCCAGGGCUAGCAGCAAGGGCAGCAGGAACCCCCCUGGACCAGGGAUCCCCCCUCUGGCUCUGGCAGUGGGUGGUGAUUCCAGCCAACAAACGACAGAGAUGGAUGAGAUGGACGACUCCCCAGAUAACACCUCCAUGCGCGCCACCUUCAGACACCGGGAUGGCCACGGACCAGCGUUCAAGGAGGGGAGUAAGGGAACUGCCUACCCCAGUGCACUGGCACAAGCAGCUGCUGCUCCCGCAGGCCAGGAACAAUCCUCUUCCACCCCACCCAGUGAACUGGGCCUGGAUGGACCCACGGCUUUGGGCGACCAGCUCACAAGGCCCGAGGAAGGCAGCAGAGCCCAGCACUUUAGGAUCAGUUCAUCCCCUGGCCCCAGGACGGCCGCACAACGGAGUCCGGUCCCACAGCUCGAGGACACCUGCCCCCAGGAUGUCCCGGAGGAAGAAGAUUCCUGGUGCCCGACCUGCUCUUCCUCUUCGGACUCCGACUCGGAGCAGGAGGGCUUCUUCUUUGGGAAACCAAUCCCGCAGGUGGGGGCAGGCUACCCGGCCCUCCCUGGCAGGGAACGGAGCAGCUUUGGCAGGGCUGCGGGAAGGAGAGCCAAGCUGCGGGGACGCAGUAAGCACUGCAGCAUUUCCUAGCCAGGGGGAGGCUGGGCCAGGAGCGAGGGCUCCCACGCAGCAUGGGAGGGCCAGAAAGGGGGUGGACAGCGGGAAGGAGAAUUACUUAGCCAAGUGUAUUUAACCGGAGGGAAGAAAGAAAACGAGAGGGUCCCCCCAGCAGCCAAGCCAGGGGAAGGGACGGAUUGUCCUGGGCCAGCCAGUUAACCCUAGAGAGAGCACAGCCCAGCAUGCAGGAGUUUACACCCAACCCCAGGCGGUGGGGUGUUCAGAGGUGCUAGUCUGGAUGGGUCAGUCCCUGCAAAGCUGUGGCCGCGUUUACGAAGGUGGCGGGAACCAGCCCCUGCACUGGCAGAGAGGAGCCUUUGGGUCCUUGCAUUAGCAGCUGGAGGGGUAAGCAAUGCUGCAGGCCAGGCGGGCCAGCCCUCUGACUAAGAACAGGUACAGCAAGCGGAGGAGCGGAAGGCAGACAGCCCUCAGGGCCAUACGCCUCUUACCUCACACCCAGACCUGGGAAAAGACAAACCAGCCCACCCUAGUUGCUCUGCAGAGGCCAUUUUACUGUAAAAGGUUAUCGCAGGGGGUUCAGGGCGGCUAGCAAGGACACAUGCACAAAUCUCUCCGCUGCCCCACAGUAGGUUCUCCCAAGCUCCGAGGGGCAGGAGGCAGAGUCUGGCUGCUCUGCCUUAGGUGUCCUAGGAGGACCUUUGCCCUUAAUCUCCUGGCUGAGAACCCGGUGUGCGCCCCCAUGGGGACUGAGCCAAGAUGGACACAAGAUCCUUCCACUCAAAAGCGGAUGCAGCUUUUUGACCCACACUCUGAAUGCGGGCGACUGGGCUCUGGAGAGAGGAGGGUUUGGAAAUCCCAGAACCAAACUCCCUCAGCCCCACAGGGAGGGGCAGAGCAUGAAUGUGCCGGUGUAUUGCAGAAAUCAGUUCCUAAGCUUCACCAAUAAAGCGCGACGUGGACCUGAAAGGAAGUGGGGUGUGGCUAAGCAAAGCAAGUCGCGGUGGGGACCGACGGGCCUGACUGCAUCCUGCAGGAGGAAGAAGGAAAGGGCCUCCGUGCAUUACAGGGCAGCCAGUUGCUGCCCAAAGGAAAGCAAGCGGCUGAGGCUGGGUGAAGUCCUUCCCCUCAGGGUAUGUCCACACGACACCCGCGGUGGUGGCACCGCUAGGGCCUUGGAGGUGUAGCAAUGAAGUGUAGACGCUUCCCACGUCACCGGAAGGGAAUUUUCCUGUCAGUAGUUAAUGCACUUCCCCACGAGGCACCAGCUACGUCAAUGGGAGAAUCCUUCCAUUGUGUCUACGCAGCGGGUUAGGCCAGCCUUGGAUUUAGGUGUGGGCCAGAUCUAAGCCACUGGCAUGGAAUAUGCUGGCGGAACAGAGCUUUUAAACAGGAGGGGCGGGGGCUCCAAAGGGCUGACGGAAGGGGCCCAGGGACGGAAGAACAGGGGAAGUGCAGGUCAGGAGCAGAGGGUGGGGAGGGGCGUAGAGAAGCAGGGCUGCCAGGCUUCCAUAGGACUGAGAAUUAAGCUGGCCUCGGGCCACGUUUUUAAAAGAGUCUAGCUCCCAUGUAGGUGGAAAAUUAACUGGACACAUUUCCGAAAGAGCCCAGCACUGUGGCUGCCAAGAGCUUGAAAAUAAUCCAGCCCCCUGGCUCUUUUAAAACACCCAUCUCCGGCACCGCCCCUUCCUCCAACAGGAGAAACACCCCAAAUG